AUGGGCCACUUCGGGUGGCGGACGCAUACGAUAGUACACCCCGACAACGCGAAGCUGUGCGGUCAGAAGCCCUACAUGUACUUAUUGCCAGAUUUCGGAGGACUGCCCGUUUCGUUGGGGCUGGGUAUGUGUGGGAGAGUUGGCAAUACUGCGUAUUUCGGCUUCACGGAAAUCUGCAAGCCGGUAGCUGGGGAAACCGUGGUGGUGUCGGGAGCAGCGGGCGCCGUAGGCUCACACGUUGGACAAAUUGCCAAAAUUAUAGGUUGCAGAGUAAUCGGCAUCGCCGGAUCCGACGACAAAUGCGCCUGGCUGGUCAACGAGUUAGGCUUCGACUGCGCGGCCAACUACAAAACUGUAAACAUUGCAGAUUACCUCAAAAAGAACGCUCCUAACGGCGUAGACUGUUACUUUGACAACGUCGGAGGGGAGAUCAGCAGCACUGUGGUGGCGCAUAUGAAUGAGUUCGGGAGGGUCGCGGUGUGCGGGGCUAUCUCUGUCUAUAAUGAAACUGAUCCUAUGAAGCGUAAAGGUACCUUUCUUCAACCGUUCAUAGUCGGGAAACAACUGAAAAUCGAAGGAUUCCAAGUUAACAGAUUUGCUGAGCGCACUGCAGAAGGCAUACGACAAAAUUUACAAUGGGUGAAAGAAGGAAAACUGAAAUAUAAGAACCAUAUCUACGACGGAUUUGAAUCUACUGUAGAUGCAUUUAUAGGUUUAUUCAAAGGAGAUAAUACGGGGAAAUCUAUUGUAAAAGUAAAUUAA